UAAGAGCCAAGCAGACAGACGGCCAGCUCAGAGAGGAAGAGCCCGCAGCCCGCAGACAGAGAUGAUCAGAGGACUUAUUCUCACAGGACUACUGGUCCUGCUUCGGCACCAGAUGGAUGUACACGCGCACAUGUUGAGCAGACACAGUCCCGUCACCAACAUGGCCAAGCUGAAGAGCUUGCUGCAGCAGUUUGAGGAGGCCCUGGCCGCAGAAGAGGCUCCUGAGAGAGCCGUCGAUUAUGAGGACAGCAACACGGCGCUGGAGCAGAGCCCGGCUUCUGCGUCCUGGGACAGAGACAGAGAGGAGGACAGCAACCCCUCGGAUGGUUUAGAGACACAGAGAAAGCACCUCAUAGAUCUCCUCAUGUCAACCCGGAGCAAAAGCCUGUCUGGCUGUUUCGGGGGACGGCUGGACCGCAUAGGGUCCUCCAGCACCCUUGGGUGCAACUCUCAAAAAGGUUAGCUAUGAUGAGUGAUACAGUGACACUGAGAUUGCAAUAUAUAUUUAUGAUAUAUAAAUUAUUCUACAUGUGGGCAGUUAUCCAUGAAGCUUUUAGGUAAAAUGUACAUGUAUCUAAGAGAGGGAAAAUAUCCCAAUAAAUCUAAGCUAAGGUUUUGUAACUUUCACCGUUUGUUCCUCCAGUUUUUAUUUACCUUUGUCUUUACAAGUAAUUUUACAUAGUUCUGUGUGUCAAAUGAACUCAAAUAUCACGUUAACUGUGAGGGGGAAAAAAACGAAAGAAAAAAAAAUGUUGAAAAUGUAAAAGAUACUGGUGAUUUUCUGUCAGGAUAUUAUCUAGGCCUCAUUAGUUAAUGCAAGAACUAAGCUUAACUAACAAUGAGCAAUGCAUUUAUUACAGUAUUGAUAUCACAGUUAGAUAAUAAAAAUACAACUGUUCAUUGUUAGUUCAUGAUGACUUAUGUCCAUUAGAUUAUAUUAACAAAUAUAACUUUUGAUUUUAAUAAUGUAAAAUAUAACAUUGUUUUCAUGUUAACAGAACCUUAUUUUGAAGUGCUGCCUAUAAAACACAAUAUAAUCUGUUAUUCAAAAUGU